CUGCUUUCUAUUGCCAUCACCUCCACACGAUCUCGCGUGUUCUGUGCACUCGGGACAGCAGAGCAUGUGCCCACAGACCACCUCGUAAAAAUGAAAGGUGCGGAAAGAAGGGAGGGAAUCCCUGACGCGUCUUUACCAUGCCUUUACCAAGGAAACUCAUGCGCGUGUGCUCUGACGCAACUGCCCAUUUUUGGAAACAUGCGUCAAUGGUCGAAACCAAACGAGAAAUGGGGGUGGGCUUGAAAGCUAACAUGUCUAAAACAAACUGAAGAAUAUUAAGCCAAGUUUUCUUCGCUAAGUAUAAUGAGUGUGAGAUCUUUCUCUGUGAUAUCUGCAUUUGUUUUUCACUGCUUAUUAAAGUCGAACAUGAUAUAUAACAACGUACAUUUUCAAAAUCCCUAUUUAGGUGUGAGACGUGUUAGAGCUGUGACGAGUGGACUGUAGUUGGCGUUGAUAAGCGGAGCUGCGAUGUAGAGUAGUGCCAUUGAAGUGAGUCAUCUAACUGUGCGACCCGCAGAAGUAACACCGAACUUCACUUAGUCGCCAAAAUCAGUUCAACAAAGUCCAGAGCGGUACACUCAUCGUUGCCGUGAGUCACUGCUAUAGGGACAGAACUAAACCUGGGAGAGUUCACUGAAGAACAGUAGGUGCUUCACAGAUUUUUUCCCCCAUUUUUAUCUUGGAACAUCUCAGUGUCUAUAAUAAUUAUGUAUUAGUUUUGCAACAGGAGUAUCUAUUUUUUGGACUAUGUAAGAGACAAUUAAGGGCAUUGGCUUCUCUUAUAAUAGAAUAUUACUGUACUUGGACAUUACAUACAUCGUUCAUUAAAACGUAUUUUGGAUAUUGUUUUUAGAGUAGACAUAAAGGAACCUCUUUGCUUGGAAGUGCUUUUUUGCGACUGAAGAUACUCGUGUGGGAUUUCAUUGUCAACCUUCUGAAAUUUCCUCCUCUUUCCCUGGAUCAUGUACCAGGAUUACACCGGGACAUACGACACAUCAUCCCGCGGCAGCAGCAGCUCACCGGCGCAACCAGACACCAGCCCCAUCAUUGCCUCCACCUACCAGAAGUACAGAGUAGACAUGCCUGGCUCUAGCAGUGCCUUUAUUCCAACUAUUAAUGCCAUAACUACCAGUCAGGACCUGCAAUGGAUGGUUCAGCCCACAGUAAUCACCUCUAUGUCUAAUCCAUACUCCCGGCCUCACCCGUAUGGUCUGUCCAUGUCUAGUGGCCCAAGCCUCCUUGGUCAUACAGCCCUCACACGACCUGGGGUCAUCCGAUCCAUUGGCGAUGCCCGGGGACGACGCAAGAGAGAUGAGCAGCUCACUCCAGAGGAAGAGGAAAAACGAAGAGUUCGGCGAGAAAGAAACAAGCUAGCUGCAGCAAAAUGUCGAAACCGGAGAAGAGAACUGACUGAGAUGCUCCAAGGGGAGACAGAGAAGUUAGAAGGAGAAAAAGCUGACCUGCAAAAAGAAAUCGAGACACUCCAGAAGGAAAAGGACAAGUUAGAGUUUAUGUUGGUGGCCCACAACCCUGUAUGCAAGCUACCCCCUGUAGAACGACACCAGAGCUCUCACAGCCAGCAGUGUGCACCCCUUUCUGUCACCAUGCGCUCCAGCCUGGCUUCCCGAAGCCUAAUGAACAGCCUCAGUCCCGUGGUGGUGAAGCAGGAGCCUUUGGAGGAAGAUGAAGAAGAGGAGGGAAAAGUCCAGCAUUCAGUCAUCAAGCCAAUCUGCCUAAGCAGUGGCAUGUUUUGUUCUGAUGGAGACAGUCUCAACACACCUGUGGUGGCUGCCUCCACACCUGUAUCCACCCCCAGCAACCCCAGCCUCAUCUUCACUUACCCCAACAUACUGGAACCUGAGAGCCCUUCACCAUCAUCAGAGUCCUGCUCCAAAGCACACCGACGUAGCAGUAGCAGUGGCGAUCAGUCUUCAGAUUCCCUCAAUUCUCCUACCCUGUUGGCGCUUUGAAGGAAAACUUUCAGGAUCUCCCUAACACUUUCAGCUGGGAUUUGAAGCUCUAUGAAGCAUGAGAACACUCAAGGGCUAAUUUGCUCAUUCUAAUGUAUCUAAUGGGAGGAAUUUUAUGUGCAAAUUUCAUACACUAUUUCAACUAUGAAUAGUGGUGAGGUUUUUUACCGAACACGAAAUGAAAGCGGGAUUUGUAUCAGGAGGGAUUGUGUCAUUCAUCUUUAAAAAGACUUGCAGUCAAUGCAUAAUAAAGCCAUUGGCCACCCGUUCAGGUGCAUGACAGGUUACUAUUUACUGCAGUCCUUCUGACUUAAAACAGAGAGCAGGAUAUCUUGAAAAAUCGAAUUCCUGGUAGGUACAGAUUCCAACAUUGGACACUACACUGCCCCUAAAACAUAAUUGCCUUUGUACUUGUGACGAAUACUUGUGUGAAUAUUGUCUCAAUGUAUUUUGUGUCCUGCUGUUUAUACUGUUGAGGGUUCCCUGGAUUAGCCUAAAUGCCAGGUGUUAAAAGAACCACCUUGUUCAAUAAAAGACCGAACUUUGUUAAUAUUUUGUACAUGCGGCACAAACAAAAUUAGCCACAUAGCUUUUGAUAUUUUAGGAAAAAGCACUCAUUAACAUUGGUAAAUCUACUGUCAGGGGUUUUUGUCUGUGUGAGUGAGCCAUAAAAGAAAUCAAAUUAAAUCAGAAUAUAUGAGUGUACACAAGGGAAACUCUGGCUAUAUUAUGCUCUGCCUCUAACCCUGACAUGGCAAUACUGCUUUUGUAUUGGCGCACACUGUGGUUUUGAAAUAAAAAGAUGAAUAUGUUUAGCUUUUGUAAUGGAUACUUUUAUGCCUGGAUCGAUAGAUGCCCUUUUUGCAGGGUACAGUUUGAACUGAAAUAUAUACCAGCCAUAUGAGAACCUCUCCCUGAAACACUGGUUGUCUUUACAGCUGCACUUGGGAACAGAUGCACUUUGUUAUCAACCUUACAAUCAGAUCAAAUGCCAUUCCUUACAAAGUCAUAUUAAAAUGAUACUUUGAUGCAAUACUGGUGGUGAGUGCUUCGGACACUGAAAAUACUAAUUGCAAUAUUUCUAAAUAAAUUCUUGAAAAACAUUGUAAAAGGACAUCUCAAGGUUGUUGUUUAUUGUCGUUACAGAGAAUCAGUGGGAGUAUUUUGUUGUACUGGAUGCAGUAAAAUGAAAAAAAAAAAAAUGCUGCUUGACUGGUUUUGUUUGAAGGACGUAUUUAUUGUCAGGAACUUUUUAAAGAGAUACAGUUUCAGUGUUUGUUAUAUCAAACGUAUGAGAGAUUCUUGUUGCAAACUACUUUAAUACAAAAAAAAGGAGAAAAGUCUGAGGGCUGUGUUUUGUAAACUGUUUUCUGUCUGUCUUUGAACCCUGUGUAAUUUAAACAAGCCAUUUGUACAGCUUUCUUCAUGUCCUUAUUGGUUUUAAUUUUUCUCUUUCUAGAAAUUGCUUUAACUGUUAACUUGAAAGACAAGAAAAUAACCAACAAAAACAGCAAUAUUUAAAACAGUGUUUGUUCCUAAUUUAAAAAAAAAAAAAAUAAUAAAAAUAUUUCCAAGUGGUAUUUUUGGAUAGUUGCAUUUUGCUUGUACAUGUGUAAAUGUUUGGGUAUGUUGGGUAUCUCAUUGUUACGUUGUGGUAAUGUAUAUGUUUCUGAGUUGGUAACAACAGUUGACUGCACCUGCUUUGUUCAUAUUAUACUAUUCAUUUAUAAUUUCUGCAUUUAAUAAAUGAUGCAGAUGUCAUUUCACAGCUUUAUCUAUCUUUGUAGCAAUUAAUGUUAAUGACAAAUAUCCGGAACACAGAAACACUUGUUUUGUAAAAAACAAAAUAUUAUUUGAUAAUUAUUAAUAAGAGACAGGACGAAUAACAUUUAAACACGCUUGUGCAGUAUACGUGACUUGUUUUGAAGACAAUUCUUCAAAUAUAAAUCUAUAAUUCUUUCAUCAGUGUUCAUAAAACUAUGCUUCUGCUCCAGUUCUGGCUAUAAAUAUUCUGCACGCUGCACUUCAUGUCAAAAUGUCAAACUUGUAGGCUACAUUGAAAUGCUAAGCUGCCUAUUCUGUAGGUUUAGGUGAGGAUGUUAAUCAUGCCGAAUAGAGACUUUUCCCAUUUUGCCAUCAAAUGCAUUAAUUAUUUUUACUUUUACUUAAAAUCAACCUAUACAUUCAUGUUAAAUGUCCAAACUCAUGUUUUUGUUAAAGGUGCAUUUAAUUUUACGUGGACUAUUAUGGAAUUAUUCAUUUGCCAUUUUGAUGUUUUAGUAAGAAUUUACUUAAUUUUAAAAACAUGGGCUGUUUUGUGUAUUGAGAUUUAGACCUGUGUGGAAAUCUAAUAUUUUUAAAUAAAUAUUUAACG